AUGACGAAAGCCAGUUUACCAUUGUCACAAGAUAUUGGAAGAUCGAUGGGCGAAAUUGAUGCACUAUGGGAUGAAAACGCAGAUAAAUACAAAUGCUGCUGUCGGUCAUUGCAUGUCACUCGCGCAUCGCUUUUUAUUGCAUACGCACAAAUGCUUGUGACAUUUGUCUUUGCAAUAUUCUUUUCAUUCUAUUAUAUUCAAGCGAUCAAUGGACAUUUAUCUGCAGAUCACUGGAUCAAUCAGCUUGGCGACCGAUACAUAUCUUCGAUGAUUUUUGCGAUAUCAAUUCAGUUAGUACUAGUUUUGCUACUUAUUUAUGGCAUUCGUUCUGACCGCAGAUCAUUUCUUGUACCUUUUAUCAUAUUUGCUUCAAUUGCAAUUAUGCUGGGUUUCGCUCAGUUGGCUCAUGAUUUCUUCGGAUUUAUUUGUGGAUCAACACAGCAGCGUACAAUAUAUCAGAACAAUCAGUUCUUUUCACAUCUAAUUGGAACGUUAGUACAUAUGUGGUGCGUUGCUGUGGUUUGGCGUUGUCAUGGAUUCCUUGGUGAUAAAAAAGUGGCUCGUCAGAUUGGUGAACAACUAUCUGCUACACAUGUUGCAUUCCAUUAUGGUAAUAUUCCCUACGGUUACAUUGGAAUGCCACAACCUCCUCCAUAUGCUGAUACGGUACUUAGCGCAGAUAAGCAACCAUUAACGAUUGCAUGA